GAGGGAGAAAUGUGAGUGGGAGGAAGAAAAGAGAUUUCUCUGGGGCUGCUGAGAGGCUGAUGUUGGUGAAGUAUGCUUGUCUUUCUUGAGUAUUAAACAGCCAGGAUUUGUUAGCUCCUGAGCAGCACAUCUUCGGUACUUACGAUCCAUGAGAAAUUUGGGUGAAGGUAGUAGUGUGAGAAUAAUAGAACCAUCACAUUGCUUCAGAUUAGAAGGCUAAAGAUGUAGAGAUUCUAUAACCGAGACAUGGGGAGCUUCAAAGGUCAUGCCCUCCCUGGAACCUUCUUCAUUAUCAUGGGUAUUUGGUGGACCGUAAAGUGUAUUCUGAAAUAUGCCUGCAAAAAGCACAAACGGACUUCCUACCUUGGUUCCAAAGCAUUAUUCCAGCGAAUAGAAGUUUUUGAGGGACUCAUAAUAAUUGGCAUGGCAAUCACUGGCAUGAUUGGGGAGCAGUUUAUUCCUGGAGGGCCCCACUUGGCCUUAUACAACUAUAAAGAGGGCCAGUGGGUCGAACUCCUAAACUGGCAUCAUUUCACCAUGUAUUUCUUCUUUGGGCUGCUGGGUGUGGCGAACAUCUUAUGUUUUAUCAUCAGUUCACUUCCCACCUCCUUAACCAAGUUAAUGUUGUCGAAUGCCUUAUUUGUGGAGGCUUUUAUCAUGUAUAAUCACACUCAUGGCCGGGAUAUGCUGGACAUCUUUGUGCACCAGCUGCUGGUCUUGGCCAUCUUUGUGACAGGCCUGAUUGCCUUCUUGGAGCUCUUCAUACGGACCAGUAUCACUGUGGAACUUCUUCGGACAAGCUUUAUCUUUCUUCAGGGGAGCUGGUUCUGGCAGAUUGGUUUUGUCCUUUAUCCCCCCAGUGGAGGUCCUGCAUGGGAUACAAUGGAUCAUAACAAUGUUAUGUUUCUUACCAUAUGCUUUUGUUGGCAUUAUGCAUUAAACAUAGUCGUCGUUGGAAUGAUUUAUGCCUUUGUCACUUGGUUGGUUAAAUCUCGACUUACGAGGUUCUGCCCCUCGGAGGUUGGACUCCUGAAAAAUGCUGAGCGAGAACAAGAAUCAGAAGAAGAGAUGUGAUUUUGAUGGGCAUCUAGUCUUUCUGGGUGAACUUCUUUUUUGGGGAUUUUUUUGCUCAUGAUCUUGUUUCUUGAUCUUUUGCUUGGAGAACAAGAGGCUAAGGAUGAUUCUUGGUAUAUUGUUUGUAUUUCCAGUUUGGUUAAAGCAUUUGAAUUCGAAUAUUUUAUUUUUAGAUUUGAAAGUACUUUGGAUGAUAAAUGCAUUUUGCACAUUGGUCAUGGUAUUUGGGGCCUGGAGUGAUCAUCUGAAGUUAAUGUCCACACUAAGGAAAAGUGUUUUAUUUGCCUUAUAGAUAUCUUCAAGGUUCCUGGGCUUACUACAAUUUGUAACUCAUUGACAUGGAAUUACACUUGUUUAUCUUGUUGCUGCAAUGAGAAAUAAAUGAAUGCAGGAACCUUGAUACAGACA